CUAUUCAGCUGCUUCGAAAAGGAAAUCAGGGAAGCCGACAUCAAAACAGAUAGACUGCAAGCAAUUGAUCUUCUCCAAAGAAACUAUCUAACCAAAAUUUCGAUACAAGAUGUUUCAAGUCAUUUUCACGGGAAUAUGCAAACAGAACGGCUAAUGUAUGAUGACCGUAGCCCUCAUCAAUAUUAUACUUAUCAAAUCAGAUCACUUUGGUCUGAAUCUGAGAAUAAUGAUUACAAAUAUAUUCUAAUGACCAGCCUCUUAUUUGACGAUCGUCGUCGGCUUUGUGCCAUAUUAACCGAAGAAUCUUGGAUUAACCACUUCCAAACUGGGAUGGUGCCGGGAUCUGGCGUGAAAACCAUCAAAUCAUCAUGCGUAGUGGCUACUUGA